CGACCAUCAAAAAGACCAUCAACUACUCUUAAAAGCAGCCAUGUCUGUCGACACCGAGCAAGCACCCGCCACACCCACCUAUCCAGAGGUGAAGAGCUUCCAUCGGCUCGCGUCAGUGCCUAUCGUCCACGACUCGUUCGCUUCACUCGACGCACUCCUCGCUCGCUACCCGACCACCAAUAACCUUAAGCUCUGGGCUCAGGCAUGGGGAAAUCAGGCCUACAAGAUCGGCGAACCAUACGGCGCUCGACUCUCUACCGUUAUCGUCACUGCUGAUGGCGUCGCCAACCAGGGCUUGGAUGUCCUUCAGCGCCAUUUCCCCUACCCGUUCAUUGCUCCUACCGACGAGAUCAUCUCUAAUCUUCGGGCUCCCGCUGAUCACGCAUAUACGACCGCUGCGUCCUGUGUCGGUGCCGGACAGAAGGCAGUCAACGACCGCGUGAUUGCCCCCGCUAUUGGAGCUGCUGAGGGAGUCGACAAGACCCUCUCCCCCUAUCUUGACAGCCUCGAGGCGUCCGUUAGGCUGUAUGUGCCUCCUCGUGACGCUGCCAACGGUGCGGAGGAUCACAGCAAGCCGACCCAUGUGCGGGCAUACGAGCUUACCCUAGACGCAAGGGCACGGGCGAUCUCCCUCACGCAGGAGCAGUUCUCUUACUUGCAGGAACAUAGCGUCCUUCUCCAACGCGCGUCGACCACCGUCGCUUCGCUCACCACGGCUGCGAAGGAGCAAAGCCAGGCACUCGUUGCCUCGCUUUUGCACACCCUCGACAACGUCCAACAGACCACUGCCAAGCUUCCAGGCGAAGUGCAGCAUGCACUCCAGCCGUUCUCCGACCGCCUCACCGAGACGUAUAAGCAUAUGCUCGAAGUCUCGCACGAAAAGAUUCCUCUUCCAGAGAAGACGAAGAAGCUUGCUGGUACUGCCCAAGAGGGACUGACUGAAGUGCUUGGACUUGCUGUCGAAAAGGUGCAGCAACUUGUCGGCUGGGUGAAAGUCGAAGCCGGCAAGAAGCAGGAACAGGUGAACGGAAAUGCGCACGAGGCUGCAAAUGGCGCGCGAAAGGUAGGUGGUGGGGUCAAGGCGCGGAAAGAGAAGAUAGUCAAGCAAGCGCAGGAGGCCACCAACUGAGUCUGUGCGACCCAUUUGUGGUGCAAGCGGGGUAUGCCUGUCAGAAGUGCUUAGCGCGCAGAACAGCGAAGAAGGAAGAAUACCGAGGCUUCUGGGUAUGCGAGAUCCGAACACUACCGACUAGACCACCACUGAUUGAUGAUUUCUUUUCCUUUCUUAUGCUUUCGAUUCUCCUCUGUUCCUGAUGAUGAUGUGCGCUCAAGAUCCCGUUCCUUGACCUUACAAAGGCGCCCCCGAACAGGCUCCUUUUCAUGCUUCUCGAUUGUGCGUAGAUACACGUGUAUGCCAUGUUACCUGACUAGUGGAAUGUUGCGACAAAAAACCAAUAGACUUUAUAUUUGCG